GCAGGGCCCUGCCCCUAACAUACGAGGCAUUUGAGCUCUGGGUUUGCAGCCCUUUUGGGUGUGUGGUGGGGGAGCUGGGAAGGGCUGUGCCAACUCCAAAGCUAUUCCUGAGUAAGCGGAUUUGUGAACCUGAACUGCAUUUGCUCUGCGUCCAGUAAGGUUAGAGCAGUAACUGCAGCUCAGCACUGAAUUUGGAGGUGUCUUGGCUGACAUGGAGGGACCUGUCCCCAUCCAGGACACCAUGCUGACCGACACGGAGCCCUCCAAUACCAUCAAACUGCUGCACCUGCUUUUCCUCUCCACCUCCUGGGGAAUGCAGAUCUGGGUGACCUUCGUGGCCGGGUUUGUGAUGAGCAGACACCUCCCUCGCCACACCUUCGGCUCCAUCCAGCGCGAGCUCUUCCCCUACUACUUCCACAUCAGCUCCACUUGUGCCUUCCUCAACCUGACUCUGUUUGCCAUGUGCCACCCCAGCAAGCGGCUCAGCGAGGAACACGCGACCCAGAUCAUCCUCUUCUUCAUUUGCAUCGCUGCUUCUGUGCUGAACACACAGUGGUUUGGGCACGUCACCUCCGACAUCGUGGCAGACCUGCACCUGGUGGAGCGCAGCCACGGCCUCGGGCAGGAGGUCGGGCUGGUGGCCAGCGAGUCCCGCAGAAACCUGCGAGCCUCCAACCCCAGCUACAGGCAGCUGUGCCGGCAGUUCGCCCUCUACCAUGCUCUGUCCUCCCUCUGCAACCUCUGCUGCGUUGUGUGCAAUGGCCUGAGCCUGUACCACCUCGCUGUCAAACUCUCUGCCCUGUGAGGGCAGGACACUGCGAGGCGAUCGAUGGCUGCCUGGCCAGAACCAACAUACUGUGAAAAGGGAGCCAUCCUGCUGCCUUGCUGUGUAGUAACCCUGAGGUUUGGAGAUUAAAUUGCAGCAUCCUCAGGUGGAGAUACUCUUACUGUAUUUGUGCAUGGUGCAGAAAUUCAGGAAUAGUAAAAUGGAAAUGCUUUCUCUGAA